CGGCGGCGGCGGCGGCGGCGGAGGAGGCAGGCCCGGCCCGGGGAUGGCGAUGUUCCGCAGCCUGGUGGCUUCGGCUCAGCAGCGGCAGCCGGCGGGCGGGCCGGCGGGCGGCGACAGCGGCCUGGAGGCGCAGUACAGCUGCCCGAUCUGCCUGGAGGUGUACCACCGGCCUGUGGCCAUCGGCAGCUGCGGCCACACGUUCUGCGGGGAGUGCCUCCAGCCGUGCCUACAGGUGCCGUCCCCCCUUUGCCCGCUCUGCCGCCUACCUUUCGACCCCAAGAAGGUGGACAAGGCCGCUCAUGUGGAGAAGCAGCUUUCGUCGUACAAGGCACCCUGUAGGGGCUGCAACAAGAAGGUGACGCUGGCCAAGAUGAGGGUGCACGUCUCCUCCUGCAUGAAGGUCCAGGAGCAAAUGGCCAACUGUCCCAAGUUUGUCCCUGUGGUUCCCACGUCCCAGCCCAUCCCCAGCGCCGUCCCCAACAGGUCCACCUUCACCUGCCCCUACUGUGGCGCCCGUAACCUGGACCAGCAGGAGCUGCUGAAGCACUGUGUGGACAACCAUCGCAGUGACCCCAACCGCGUGGUGUGCCCCAUCUGCUCUGCAAUGCCCUGGGGGGACCCCAGCUAUAAGAGCGCCAACUUCCUGCAGCACCUCCUGCACCGGCACAAGUUCUCCUACGACACUUUUGUGGACUACAGCAUCGAUGAGGAGGCUGCUUUCCAGGCUGCCCUAGCCCUGUCUCUCUCCGAGAACUGAAGGCACCGCCCAGCCCUUGGACCUGAGCCCUCCCACCUCGGGGGACGGAGCCACCCUGAGGGACACGGCCAUGCAGGCCCUCUGAUGCCCAGCGCUUGUGUGGGAACCCACCUGUGGGACAAGUGGAGCCUCUGUCAUUGCAGGACAGCCUGUCCCCGAGCCUGCCAGGGGCCUCAUUGUUGGAGGGUGGCCAUCAGUGCUCCUGGCCGAGCGUUGCUGGUUCCCUCGGUGCUUUGGGCUAAGUGGGCUGCCCUCAUGGGGCCGGCUCAUGGGGCCUGAGAGCAGUCGGCCAUCUGUCUGUCUGUCUCAAAGCCAUGCUGUCCUCCAUGUCUGCAGAGAGACCCGUGCCGCCCCCGCCACGUCCCGCAGGCCUGGCUGCCAAGCAGGAAGUGCGAGGGGAGUCCUGGCCGGUAUCUGGCAGCGCUUCCACGUUGCGCACUCGGUACUGGCUUUUGUGAUACCUAGAAAUUCUGGCAUUUUUCUAUAUUAUCCAGUGUGAUGAUCUUUUCAUAUUUUAUAGUGCAAAGACCGAGCAGUUACUCUUCACAUUGCAAUACCCGUGUUUGACUAGGAACAAUAGUAUUUUUAUGGAACAUUUACAAAAUUAUAUUUUUUAAAAAAAACAAAAACAGUCGUGGGGUCAGCAUGGGAGAGGGAAAGAGAGGUACAGACACCAGAGCCAGAGUGCACCCCGGGGCUUUGCUUGGGACCACUGCUCUGCUGAGUCCCCUGGGGCUGCUUUGUCAGGUUCCCCUUCCUCACCGCCAGGAAGAACCCCCAGGGCCCUUGGCCGCGUGCAGUGGCUGCUCCUCUGCUCCACGGCCCCCCCAGAAGCGCAGGCCUCCUCCCGCUGGGGUCCCAGCCCCAGCCCUGCUGUCCGUUCCCUGCGGACCACAAACCGUGUCGGUAGGGCACCCUGGGGGGGAUGGGUGAGGCUGGAAGACGCCGUCUUACUCUUUCAGUUCACGGCAUAAAUUAAUUGCUCUUUUAAAAAAAACUCCAAUAAAACA